AUGUGCCAUGCAGCCUGCCACAACUUUGGAGGACUCAUAGCCGUCCGUUUCUUUUUGGGAGUUGGCGAGGCAGCUGUCGCGCCUGGCUUUGGACUCAUUGUCGGCAUGUUCUAUAAGAAAGAGGAGCAACCCUACCGGUCAGUGAUGCAAGCAACGGCGGAUAUUAGUCCCAAAGCCAUGGACUAA